CUCUCUCUCUCUCUCUCUUUUUUCCCUCGCCUUUCUCUUCUCAGACCCAGUCCCCUCCCUCCCCUCCAGGAUCCCGUUGUUUUUAUUAUUAUUAUUAUUCCAUUUUCUCCUUUUCAUUCUCUCCCCCCUCCCCAGCAUUAUCAUUGCUUCCAGUCUUUCAGCAGAGGCUGCCCUCUGUUCGAUAGCAGCCUUUCGUUCUUAAUUAUCCUCUCCAUCCCCUCCCCUCAAUCCCUGGCCGAGUUCUCGUUCUCGGGAAAUCCCUUCAGAGGCUUCGAUCGACCCGACUCGACUUAUCAUCCUUACUAUCUUCGUCUUCCUCGGUCUGUUCUUUAGACCACGCCACUCUCUCUCAGCACCGUUGCCCUUCCAGUUGGUCGAUCGCCUGGUGCUAUCCCGAAGGAGGUAUUGGUAUUGUGCGUGUGUCUGCGUACUUGCAAAAUUCCAUUCACUUCUGUAUCCUCUUCGUCAGCACUAUAAAAGAGAGAUCCCGUACGAGCCCGGGCCAUAUUCGAACGUUGUCACACCCACUCUACCAGCAGAUCCUCCCCAAGCUCCACCAUGUCGAUCCGCUCCCCGAGGGGCUUCGUGCAGCUGGGCCCUUCGCGAUCCGACCCAGAGAACGACAUUCCCCUAACCCAGGUACGCAGCAAUGCUAGCUCGACCGGCGCCCGGAAGCCCAACCAGGGCGUCCCCGACUCCGGCUCCGAUGGCCAGGACGGCUCCGACGGAAACGAGAAGCACGGCUUCUUCCAUCGCGGCCGGAGGAGGGCCAAUAAAGAAGCCGCCUCCGACUCGGGCGACGAUCUGACUUCCGAAGAGACGUCUCUGAACGCCAUGGGCAGGUUCUAUAAUAAGAUUAUGGGCGCCUCCGUCUUCACGCGAUAUCUCAUCUAUAUCAUCCCCGUCGCCGUACUCCUCGCCGUCCCCUUGAUUGUCCUCACGGCCACUCAGAACAGGUACAACAUCCCCGUCGGCUUUGCCAGGGUAUCUGAUGACCCCCUGACCUUUGAGGGUGGGCCGCCACUGUUCGACCUCUUCCUCUGGAUAGAGCUCGCUUGGCUAAGCUUGUGGGUCGGUAAGGUUGUCGCCCACCUGCUGCCGCCCGUCUUCAUGUUCUUCACUGGUGUCGUGAGCGCCGGGACCCGAAAGUACGCCAUCGUCAUCCGCGCCCUCGAGAUCCCCCUCUCGCUAUUCUUCUGGGCCCUGGCCACCUACCUCAUCUUCACUGCCAUAAUCAACACCAGAUACGACGAUAUCAACUGGGUCAUCGUCAUCCGGAGGAUAUUGGGGGCGCUCUUUGCUUCCUCCGCCGUCUUUCUCGGCGAGAAGGCCAUCGUCCAACUCAUCAGCAUAACCUACCACCAGCGGUCCUUUGCCAACCGGAUCAACGACUCGAAGCGGGAGGUGUACCUGCUGGGAUUGAUGUACGACGCGUCUAGGCAGCUGUUUCCCAUGUACUGCCCCGAGUUCGCCGAAGAGGAUGAGCUCAUCAACGACAGCAUCGAGAUCAUGCUGGCUGGAGGCAAGAAGAGCCGGAAAGGCCGAAGGGCCGGAGUAGGCGCGCCUAUGAGGCUAAUUGGCGGCGUCGGGCGCAUCGGCGACAAGGUCACGUCCGUCUUCGGGAACCUCGCGUCCGAGAUCACCGGCAAGCAAGUGUUCAACCCAAAUUCGGCCCACUCCAUCGUCGUCGAGGCCCUGGAGAAGAUUCGGACCUCGGAGGCUCUCGCGAAGCGCAUCUGGAUGUCGUUUGUCGUGGAGGGCAAAGAAGCUCUAUACGUCGACGACAUCGUCGAAGUGCUCGGCCCGGCACAUCGCGACGAAGCAGAGGAGUGCUUCGGAGCCGUCGACGCGGACGGCAACGGAGACAUCAGUCUCGACGAGAUGAUCCGGAAGGUUGUCGAGGUAGGCAAGGAGAGGAAGGCGAUAGGGAACAGCAUGAAGGAUAUCGGUCAAGCCUUGGCCGUGUUCGACCAGGUGCUCCUCUUUAUCGUCCUCCUGAUUGUUGUUUUCAUCUUCCUGGCUUUCUUCCAGAGUUCCUUCAUUACGACCCUCACGACGGCUGGUACGACGUUGCUAUCGCUGUCGUUCAUCUUCGCCGUUACGGCGCAAGAAUUUUUGGGCUCUUGCAUUUUCCUAUUCGUCAAGCACCCCUACGACGUCGGAGACAGGGUCGACGUUACGGGACCGGAGAAGGAGCAGCUCGUCGUCGAGAAGAUAUCUCUGCUCUACACCGUCUUCAACCGCAUCGACAAGAUGCAAGUCGUCCAGGUGCCGAACAUCGUCUUGAACAAUCUCUGGAUCGAGAACGUGACCCGGAGUAAGGCCAUGAAGGAAGUUAUCGACGUGAAUGUCUCGUUUGACACCAGCUUCGAGGACAUCGAGCUCCUGAGGGUCGAGAUGGAGAAGUUCGUACGAGCGCCCGAGAACUCACGAGACUUCCAGCCGGAUCUCUCCAUCGGCGUCGGCGGCUUUGGCGACUUGGAUAAGCUCCAGCUCAAGGUUGCCAUCAAGCAUAAAUCGAACUGGCACAACGACGCCGUCCGCGCCGCCCGACGCUCCAAAUUCAUGUGCGCGCUUACGCUUGCCCUGAAGAAGGUACCCAUCUACGCGCCGGGCGGCGGCUCCGAGCCGCUAGGCGGGCCAACCAACCCAACCUACUCGGUCGCCGUCUCGGACUCGGAUGCCAUCGCGGCCCGUGACAAGGCUAGCAAGGACAAGGAAGCUCUGCGUAUGGCGCCGACACCACCGCAGCGGAACCCUUCGACGACGAACAGGCGCGGUGGUGGUGGAGGCGGCAGCGGCGACAAUGACCGCGAAGCGAAGGCGGCCCAGGGCCUCAACACGAUCGACCCCGUGAGAGCGGCGGCCGACGACUGGGGCUACAACCGUGACGACUCGCCGGGCGGCGCGGGCCGCGGCGAUUCGAUCGACGCGGACCCGUACGGCGGGCGCUCCAGCAUGCAGAAGCAGGGAAGCCAGCGCGCAGGGCGUCGCAGGGCAGGCGAGACGCUGCCUCCGCUCUCGUUCGGCGACGGGAACGAUGCGCCUAGCCUGCAGGUGACCCAGCAUCUAGGUCCGUACGAUGAGGAGGCUCAGGUGGGCGGCCCGCGUCCGUACGGCGGCGCCGCUGGUACCACCCAGCAGGGCGGUAGCGUGCCGAUGUAUCCGCAGAAUUCGAGCCGGGGCAAUCAGCCCCCUUCCUCGGGGGCGGGCGGGGGAGCGGGAGCAGGCCUGCAGAGCACAUCGUAUCAGCGGCAAUAACGAGGUGAUGUACACCCUUAGUUAGUGCUUAGGGUAUUUAUUUCUUGAUUUCUUUUUCUCAUUCCUGCAAUCUCCCGGGUAGAUGUAGGUAUAGAUUAGGCCAAUAUGUAUGAAUUCAUUUCGGGCAGGCGUUUAGAGGAAGUGGGCAAUGUGGAAAGGAGAAGGGGGGAGUGGUUCAAUCGGCUGGAUAGCCCAGGGAGAUGACUCGGUUCAGCCUUUUCUCUGUGAUGGGAGAUAUCACGUCUGCGGGAAGGAAAGGGCGGGAAAGAAAAGGGGGAUGAGGCUUAGGGGUGCACUAUCCGCCCGGCGGCGUAACGGCGAGCCCAUUGUAUAACUGAAUCGCGAUUGCGAAUGACUACGCAUCGCCAUCUUCGCUGCUAUUAGGAUUAUCGUCGUGAAUGUGAAUGCGAGGGUCUGUGUAAAUUGUGUGUGUCACUAGCCGACUAGUUAGUACUAUCGAUGUCGCCUCCCUUACUGCGUCCGCUGUCGGUUCGUCCAUCCUUUGGCACCUUUUCUCUUGGAAGAAAGGAAGGAGGAGGAAAGGUGAGAGAGACGAGAGGGUUGGGAGAGAUGCGAGAGGAGAGAAACCGAGUUUUAUUCGAG